UCUGUUUACCACGCACUUUAGGGCAAUUCAAGCUGCUGGAACAAGACCGAGAUAUAAAGGAGCCAGUGCAAUAUUUCAACAGUGUGGAGGAGGUGGCCAAAGCAUUUCCUGAGCGUGUGUACGUCAUGGAGGAAAUAACAUUCAAUGUGAAGGUUGCAUCCGGAGAAUGCAACGAAGACACGGAGGUUUACAACAUCGCCCUGUGCACUGGGGACGAGCUCACCCUCAUGGGGCAGGCGGAAAUCCUUUAUGCAAAGACUUUCAAGGAGAAGUCACGCCUCAACACGAUCUUCAAAAAGAUUGGGAAGCUCAAUUCCAUCAGCAAGCUGGGAAAAGGCAAAAUGCCGUGCCUCAUUUGCAUGAACCACAGAACAAAUGAAAGCAUCAGCCUCCCGUUCCAGUGCAAGGGCAGGUUCAGCACCCGGAGCCCGCUGGAGCUGCAGAUGCAGGAGGGGGAGCACACUAUCCGCAGCAUCGUGGAGAAAACCAGGCUCCCCGUGAACGUGACGGUACCCAGCCCGCCGCCGCGGAACCCCUACGACCUGCACUUCAUCCGUGAGGGCCACCGCUACAAGUUUGUGAACAUCCAGACCAAGACGGUGGUGGUGUGCUGCGUGCUGCGCAGCAACAAGGUGCUGCCCGUGCACUUCCCGCUGCACCUCACGGUGCCCAGGCUUAGCCUCCCCGAGCACCUGGGGAGGGGCGAGGGCUGGCCCGAGCCGCUGGUGCACCACUGGCUGGGCGUCUGCCAGGAGCAGUUCGACAUCGACGAAUACUCACGCGCCGUGCGCGACGUGAAGGCGGACUGGAGCGAGGACUGCCGCAGCCCGCGGAGGGGCCGGCGCGCCGCGCGCAGCCACCUGCCCAGCGCGCUGAGCCACGCGCGCGAGGAGCUCACGCAGUCCUUCCACCGCCUCUCGGUCUGCGUGUACGGCAGCAACCUCCACGGCAACAGCGAGGUGAGCCUGCACGGCUGCCGGGACCUGGGCGGCGAGUGGGCCCCCUCCGCCCACGAGGUCCUGCCCUGCCUGGACCCGGCCGGCUCUGGAAGCGACUACCUCUUCCCCGAGGAGAGCGAGGAGGCGGCGGGCGCCCCGGGCAAGCCCGAGCUUCCUUACGAAGAACUGUGGCUGGAAGAAGGCAAGCCCGGCCACCAGCCUCUCACUCGCUCCCUGAGUGAGCAGAGCAGAUGCGAUCCGUUCAGAGGCUCUGCCCGGUCCAAACGUGCAACCUCCCCUCUUCCUGUGCCCGGGACCCUGGCAGCUGCGGGCAAGCCCUCCGAGGCCGCCCUGCCUCCGCCUCCAGUGCCUCCCAAGUCGGAAGCCGUGCGGGAAGAGUGCCGACUCCUGAACGCGCCGCCCGUCCCGCCCCGGAGCGCGAAGCCCGCGGCCGCCAGCCCCUCCGUCCCCCCUCGCACGGCCCGGCCAGCGCGGCAGCAGACGCGCUCCCCCAGCCCCACCUUGUCCUACUACUCUUCGGGGCUGCACGACAUCGUCACUCAAAGUGACACAAGUUCUUCUGAAAGUGCUCCCGUUUCCUGCUACCCCUGUACCCGUGUGGAAGCAGACCCCCUGGGCCUGAGGGCCCCGCUGGGAAGGCCUGCUGAAGCUCUCUCCUCCAGGCUCUCAUGGCCUAACCACUAUUCGGGAGCGUCGGAGAGCCAGACCAGGAGUGACUUCUUGCUGGACCCAAGCAGGAGUUACAGUUACCCAAGACAAAAGACGCCAGGCACACCAAAGAGAAACUGCCCAGCACCUUCUGAUUUCGAUGGCUGUGAGCUCUCGGCCAGUCCCCCCAUAUCUGUCACUUCGGAGCUCAGUAGCAGCGUCUCUGGUUGUCCUAAAUCAGCCAGCUACUCUCUGGAGAGCACACACGAGAAAACUCUGGCGGCCAGCACAGCAAAGCAGAGUAUUUCAUGCCCCGCCUUGCCCCCCAGGGCCCCCAAGCCGGUGGAAGAGAGAGCAGGGGCCUCCGACGUGUCUCCUCUGCCUCUGAGAAUCGAUGGUGCUGAGGAAGACGUGAAGUCAGGGUCAUCGGACCUGUCCGAGGACCAGCACUUCGUGAAAAAGGGCAUGCAAGACAUCUUCCCUAUCCCAUACCCCUUCUCGUCUCCGCUGCACCUGCAGCUGGCCCCCAGGUCCUGCGGCGAUGGCUCCCCAUGGCAGCCACCCACUGACCUGUCAGGACUGUCUGUCGAGGAAGUAUCCAAGUCCCUGCGGUUUAUCGGCUUGUCUGAGGAUGUCAUUUCAUUCUUUGUUACCGAAAAGAUUGAUGGGAAUUUGCUUGUUCAGCUCACGGAAGAAAUCCUCUCAGAGGAUUUCAAAUUGAGCAAACUGCAGGUGAAGAAAAUAAUGCAAUUCAUUAAUGGCUGGAGACCCAAAAUAUAGCCACAUAACCCCAACUAGUAUUGAACAGAACUGAUAAAUGUGCGUGCUAGAAGGGGUGGGCUGGGACACAAUUCCAUGUUUUUUGCACUAAAAACCUUCUCUGUAAAUAGGGAUAAGAGAAACUCUUACUAUGCAGAUUAUUUUGAACGGUGAACAGGCUAUUUUGUACAUCAAUAAAAAUGCUGUACAGAACACUUAGAAGUGUGCCUUGUACGUCACUCAACACUCAGAGCUGCUAAGAGACAAAAGGCAUGUUCAGAAAAAUAAUUCUUACCCAUGUAGGUUUAUGCAAGAAGUGUGAUAUUUAUUACAAAAUAGCCAAAGCUGGAAGACAUAAGAAUCUUAAAAAAUAAAAAUAAAAAAAACACCCUUGAACAAUAGUUCCCUCCUUGGGGGAAUCGACUUUCAACAAUUAAAUCUCUUCUGUGCUCUGUCAUUUGGAUUGCUCAAUGCUGACUGUUUUGAUCUUAUGCCUGAAACUGUCAGUGAUAUGAAAUGACACUUUAAUGUUACAUGCUUGGUGGGGAUCUUUUUCAUUGAAAGGCAUUUUCUUAAAGUCAUAUAAUAGAAGAUAUAUGACAUCCUUAAAAAUAAUACAAAUCAUGACCACAACAAUUAUCUACAACUGUUAUCUAUAACUGCUGCUAAUUCACUGAGCGAGCAGAGAAAAAACAAUACAUAUGUGCAUAUAUAUGUAUGCACAAUACAAGCAUAUACUUUAAGCAUCAUUGUGAGUCUGAUGUUUUUGAUUCCAUCUGUUCACUUUACAGUAUCCAUGGAGGCCUGGGGCCACUAACCAAGGUGACUGGUAGGAGCAGAGGACAGAAUGACCCUGAAGCGUCUCCGUGCCCCCACCCCCAGAGCUCAGUCCUCAGGCUCCACCGCUGACCGCUUGGGGGGAAGCAGCACGGAGUCUGUUUAGAAGAAUUAAAUUUGAUUUUACUCUCGUGGUGGGACAGGGAUUUGCAUGUGGUCUUCCUGCCAGUGUCUGGGGAAAUGACAGUUUCUGUUGGAUGCUGAUCCUUCAGUCUGAGGUCUCACCUCCCAGGCGUCUGGUGGGGAGAGGCCUGGAGCACAUUCCCCAGAACGUGUUAGGGGUUUCUCAGCAGGCCUGUGCUUUAGGAGAGAUCAGAAAACAGACAUAGGAUCUUCUGUUAUUACACAUUACAUCUGUUGAGUCAUUUUUUUUAAGUAUCAGUAAGUGUAAACUCUUCUUUCCUCCCUUCCAAAAAAAAAAUACAUUAUUUCCAUGCUUUUAUGUCAAGAAUUCCAGGACAUCAUUCUGACAGUAUUUGCCAAAUGUGAUUAUUUCAAAAUAUAAUAUUCUUGUCCUUUUGAAGGAAUAUGAAUCUUAAAAUAAGUUUGUUUCCCAAGCCAGCCAUCAUCCAGGCGCUGCCUCCCCUGAGUCUGAUUCUGGACAUACAGCUGGCCUGGGGGUGAGGCCCGCCAACCGGGCAUCAGUGCGUCUGGAACGGCCGCCUUCUAUCUUUUUACCCCUUCUUGCUGAUCACUGAAACCAAACAUAAGGACAAGGCCUACCCAUCUGGUUGUGUAGACCUGGGCAAUAUGACUGCUUUCUUGGCGUCAAAGAUAUUUUUAAGGCAUCUCUCAUGGCUCAGAAUUUAGGUAAACUGAUAGUUUUUCUUGUUUUCCAUCUUAAAUCUCCUUUUUAAAACAGCGUUUUUCCCCCUAACGUAUCUCCCAAAAUGUAAAUACUCUAUUUGGUGAAGGGUACCCUGUGAAAAGAAUACCCCCAUAAAAUGUGCCAAACAGAAGCACCUGUUCAGAAGUAACUGGCAGAUCCCUGUAGAAGUGUCCACACAGCACUCACGUGACCUGAAAGCCCAUUUCUUUCGCGUUUGGCAAGCAUGAUGUGCAGGCAGCCAUCCCCAGGGAAACGUCAACACUCAGAACUUCAAAGUAGAGACAGGACGCUGUUGAAGUGCGAGCUCUCUCUGGUAAGGGCUUCUCAGCAGACCCAGGACACAGCUCAGACUCAGGGGGGCGGGCAGGCUGCGUUUGCAUCCACCGUGCGUCCACCAUGAAGGUUGCCCCACAUGAACAACCAACUCCUUUUAUUUGUUUUUAUUUCUUCUUUUACAAGAACUUCACAGAAAACAGUUUCUGUCAUGGCAUAUUUUUGUCAAGUUUAUAUUGCUGGUUUUGUGGAGAUAUCUUGAGGCAGAAACUAUGGCCCUUGAAUCAUGAUCUCGGAUUCACUGAGCCCCUUUUGUGUGCCAGGCACCCUGCUGGCAUGACUGGAUGACACUGAGGAAAGCACAGGGCUCCUGCCCCCUGGGAGCUCAUGACACUUACAGUCACGCUUGCUGAGACUGGGGGCAAGCAAGAGAGACACGAAACCCUCUGGGCAGUUGGAUGACUGGAGCAUCAGGUGCCCAUCUUUAAAGAAUCCUCAGAUAGAAGGAAUGGCAGCGUCUAUCAAAGGGGUGUAAAUAAACAUCACAAGACCUUUAAAGCUUGGAAUAUGGUGGAGGCAGGCAGCAUCUCUGACUCCCACUGGCUAGUGUUCCCUUUUACUGAUUUGGAAUUUUUUUAAUUAUAAUAAACAUCUUCUGGCAUCUCUCAAGCCACAGACAAGUGUGAUUGUCCCUACUGAGAUGAACGCCAGCCUGUGGAGGACCUUGGUGCCCUGACUGGGCAGGGCACACACAGCCCGAGAAUUGACAAGCGCAGAGUGCGGCCAGGCGGGACAGGACCUCCCUGAGGCCGCAAGGCUGUGGUGAGAGGUGGCGCACAGAGACCCCCACGAGCAGAACCUUUUCUAGCAAAUUGCGUCAAGACAGAGCUUAUCUGGCAGGCUCCAGGGUGUUCGGGGGUGUGUCUAGACAGGGUCCACUUUGGGGUCUUCGUUUCAUGUCUGAAAUCAGCAUGGCCCCAUCAGGAAGGAAAAUCAGCAGUAAGCCAGGUGAAGCCGCAAAUGUGUAAAAUGCGGAUCUGGCCGUGUAGGGAGGGAGAACUCACACACAGGUCAGCUCCUUCUCAGAAUCUUGUCCUGCACAAUCUCCUUGAAGUUGAGCUGUUCAACUUGAUGAAGCGUGUAAUCAACCCACAUACACCGUCCAGGCUUCUGAAGGCGCAGCAAGCUGCCCACUCCACUGAACUGCAGUGUUUAUUCUGGUCUCAUGUAAAAAUAAAGCUACUAUUUUAAGGGAAAUUUUAUGACAGUCCAUUCCACCCAUUUUCAGACACGUGCAUAAGUACCCUCUGCUUACAUCCCAGAACCACCUGCACGUCAUCCAGCCAACCGCCCAAGAAGUCUCGGGGGUGGUAGGGAUGGAUAGAGGGCCCUUCGUUUCCCAAACUUUGUAUAACAAGUCACUGCUCAUCACACCUGAGGGGUCCGAGACUAAGAGUUUGAAUAACAAACAAAACAAAAACAAUUCUCAAAAAAAAAUCUCAUGAAUUGUUUCAAGAAAACUUCAACUUCAGACCCCAGAAAAGCUAAAUCUGCUGUUGGAUACGAGACUUCUCAGAAACUUCUAUUAAUUCCCACUACUUUUCUAAUAAUAUGAAGGCACAGGCUGCUAGGGCAAGAAGGUAAAAUGCCCACAGCGCAGACAAGAAGUAGGACCUUCAUACUGUGCGGCUGACAUACUGUGGAAUCUCUUAUGGCAACUUCUUGUCAAAUCACAUUGUCAAGUCUCCAAAACUCGGUGUUUUAAAAUCUGUCCCAUUGUGAAAGCCAGAAACAAGAGGGGUGCCAUGAUUUCAGUUAAAACUAUAUAAAAUAUCUUCUACAAUUUUGCUGCUCUAAUUUUUAGGCUAUGAAUUUUGUAAUGAGUUUAUCAGAUUAUGAAUUUCCUUUGUUUACAAUCUCAUAUAGUAGGGCUCAGAUAAUUUCUUAGCUAUAAACCCCAUCUCCCAUUUUCAUAUGAAGUUCCAUUUAAGAAAUUGUUUAAGCUAAACCUAAAAAUUGAACUCAAAUUAAAAAGCAGGGGAGUUUUCGUUGACUGAAAUGGAAAUGGUGUUUUUUUCAAAGAAUUUUGUGACCAUGUUUAGAGUUUGUUUGCUUGGAAAACUGGGGGUGUUAACUGUCAUUAACAGAGCAUUAUCUCAUGGGCUCAGUGUGUACCUCAAGAUGAACAUGGUAUGUUAUGUCUAAGAAAAAUUCAUUGUUGAUACAGUGGUUCUGAAAUGUCCAAAAAUAAAGAAAUUUUAGAUGGUG